AUGACUACAAGGAGCAAUACCAACCCCGACAAACUGUUUCCAUUAACGGACCCUGAUGCCAUCAUCCGAUCUGGUAACGCUGAACAACGCGGACUCAAACAACUCAAAUCUAACCCAACUGCCCCACUCCCACUUCUCUCCAAGACUACACCUCCCACUGCAAUGUCCGGCGAAAUUGCCCCAGCUCAUGAAAGACCGGGUCGACUCGCACAGCAGACGCCUCAGACAUGCAGACAGCUAAAGACUGGUUCAAGUCUGUCUUCAAGAUUCAACAUGUGUUCAUCGUUGAAGCACAGGCCGACCAUUGACAAGCUGCAGAGGAUUGCUGAAAAGCUCCGGAGGAUCGCCGCGCUGACCGAUGUGGAACUACUCUUUGGUGGGAAUAGAGGUUAG